UAACAGCCCCCGCCUACCCGUGAGAUGUGGCUCGCUCUGGGGGGCACGUGGCGGCUGAGUAGAACAGGGCUAGGCGCUGUCGCUGGCUCGGGCACACGUGGCUGUGGGUCACGGCCAAGAUUGCCACAUCACGGGGGCUGGUAUAAAGCCUGGGUCCCAGCCUCACGGGGCCCAGCCAUGCUCACAGCUUUCCUCCUCCUCCUCCUCCUCCUGCUGCUGGGCCUGGGCCUUGGCUUGGGGCGGCAGCGGGGGGCCCUACCUGGCCCCCUAGCCCUGCCUCUGCUGGGCCACCUGCCCCACCUGCUGCACCCACACCUGCCCCAACACCUGCUGCGCCUGGCCCAGCGCCAUGGGCCCCUAUACUGCCUGCAUCUGGGCAGCCGUGAUGUGCUGGUGCUGAACACGGCCGAGACCAUCCGCGAGGCAUUGCUGCGGCACUGGGGGGACUUAGCUGGACGCCCCCCCAGCUACCUGGGGGCGCUGGUGUCACUGGGGGGUCAAGAUCUGUCGCUGGGGGAUGUGGGGGAGCCCUGGCGUAGGCAGCGACGUGCUGCCACCUCAGGGCUCCUGUGGGCGCAGCGGCAGCGCCUGGCCCCGAUCCUCGCUCGCCGUGCUGCUGGCCUUGCCCGCAUUUUCCGUAGCUAUGAGGGGGCGGCCGUGGACUUGACCUCUCACUUCACCCUGCACACUGCCCACGUCAUUUGUGACCUCAUCUUCGGGCCUAUGAUGCCAUCGGAGGCCGAGAUCCGGGACUUCACGGCCUGCAUCACGGAGCUGGUGCAGCUGUGGAGCUGCAUCUCCAUCCAGGCGCUGGACACUGUGCCUCUGCUGCGGAUUCUGCCCAACCCAUCCCUGCAGCGGCUGCUGCAGGUGGUGGAGAAGCGUGACGCCUUUGUGCGGGCCCAGAUCCAGCGGCACCAGGAAUCUCUGGAGCCAGAGAGGCCGCGGGACGUGGUGGACCACCUGCUGCUGGCGAUGGGGGACCUGGGCCCCAAGCGGCUGCACAUGGCUCUUGUUGACCUCUUCAUCGGUGGCACUGAGACCACGGCUGCGCUGCUGGCCUGGGCCUGCGCCUUCCUGGUCCGUCACCCCGAGGUGCAGGACAGGAUCCAUGCAGAGCUGCAGGAUGUGCUGGGCCCCACGGCCCCCCUGAGACCCCGUGACCGUGACCGUCUGCCCCUGCUCAGCGCCACCCUGAACGAGACCCUGCGUCUGCGGCCGCCUGUGCCCCUCGCCCUGCCCCACCGCACCACCCGCCCCACCAGUGUGGCCGGCAUGUCCAUCCCCCAGGACACCAUUGUGAUCCCCAAUCUCUUCGCUGCCCACCAUGAUGAGACCAAGUGGCUGGAGCCAGAAGAGUUCAGACCAGAGCGGUUCCUGGCUCCAGGGGCACUGCGGGACCUGCUGCCAUUCAGCUGCGGAGCCCGGGCCUGCCCUGGGGAGGCACUGGCCCGGGCCGAGGCCCUGGUGACGCUGGGCCGGCUGCUGCGCGAGUUCCGGCUGGAGCCUGCGGUGCUGGGCACUCUCCCAGCCCUGAGCGUCGUCAGCUUUGGCAUCGUCCUGCGCUGCCCCUCACUCUGCCUCCGCCUUGUGCCCCGCCCCCGGGCCCCGCCCCCUGCGAGAGGCCACACCCUUGUGACUCCACUUCCUGGAGUUAUGACGCCACUCCCUGGGGAACUCCCGUGACUGCCCCCCCUGGGGACCCCCAUGGCUCUGCCCCCCAGGGGAGCUCACCUACUGCCCUUGUGACCUCAUGAAUUCCCCCCGCAAUCGCCAUGACCUCGUGACCUGCAUCCCUCUGUGAUCCCAUCCCCUGGGGCCUUGACCCCACCCCCAUGGGCAUCCUGCUGCUCCCUCCCGCCACUCUGUGACUCUGCUCCCUAAAGUUGUCCCCAUCCCAUGACAUGACCCCACACCUGUGACCCCACCCCUUUCAGGCAUUACUCCACCCACCUGGGGAAUCCCCCAUAUGCCUGCCACCCUGUGACUCCAUCCCCUGUGGGCUCAUUCUACUUUCCCAAGGGAUCCCCUCUUCCCCCUACCUCUGACCUCUUAUGCCUCCAUCCAGGGGUCAUUCAACCCCUUCCCUUACCCCCCAGUGCCAGUGACACAUCCAGCCUGGAUAAACCCUUUAUUCCUUCCCCCCCAAAUAUAUAUAUAUAUAAUCUCUAUAA